ACGACUAUCGUGACCAUUUUACAAAUAUACCUUAUCGUUUUGCCAAUUAUGGCAAUUUCAUGACGGAUAGCAAUAUAAAAGCUUCUGUGUUGACCAAUCUUUACAGUUCAUAUUUGACGUUCCACAUUCGCAUAAAAAUGAAAGUUUUACUUCUUAUUUGCGCGGCGUUAUGUGUUGUUUACAUCCAUGGUGAAGACUGCCCAACCAAUAAUGUUAACCAGGAAUGUACUCAUGUCAAUUGUGAUGGUAACUUUCACAAGGAAUGUGUACAGAAUGUUUGUACAUGCACUGCCAAUACAGACCAUUCCUGUACUGCCCAAUCUGACUGCACUUCGGGCCAUGGGGACUGUCACAGGCAAUCUGGAUGGCACUGUGUAGAUAACAGGUGUAGAUGUGGUGGAUUCUUUGGAUAAUAAAAUAAAGUUACAUACAGAAUCAUUGCAAUUAAAAUAUUGCAUAAUUUA